AUGGGCAGAUUUCAGCUGGCGUUGGGUACGUACGAUGGAGGAAUUUUGACAUACAAGAUUGAUGAUGAGAGUUUGGAGUUAGAGGAGUAUUAUGGUGGUGUGGUACACAAGGGGGCGUUACGAUAUUUAAGUUGGGUGGAUGAGGCGACAUUGGUAACAGGUGCGUCUGAUGAGUCAUGUUGUGUUUGUGACUGUGUUUCUGAAGAGGUUGAGACAUUGAUAGUAGGUGCUCGAGGUUGUGCGGGUGCCUUCAGUCAGCAAUGGUCGAGUGAGUCAGUUGGGAUGAAGAGUGGUGCUCGGAGGAAGGGCGGUAUGGUAACGACGGUUGCUUGUGACGGGACGGUUGAGGUGCACCAGUAUACGGUUCGGAAGCCUGUAUUUACGACUAGUUUUGGUCAGAGGAAUGAUAAGGGAAAGCCCUUAACACAUUCAAGCGAUAUCUGCCGGGUUGCAUUGAACACACACUUUGGAGGUCUCUAUGCCUGUGUGUAUCUGGACGGUUCAGUGUGGCUGUGGAACAUUGAAAAGAAACUCCCUCUAGCCAAAAUCCAUAAGGCCUCCAGAAAACCCGAACACGGAUUGCUAAGAGCCAUUGACGCUGCGUGGGCUUCCAAAGGUAACUACCUACUCAUACUGUCAAAGGGUAUUUUCAAAGUCAUACAAAUACACACUGGCCUUACCAAGACUAUUACCGCAAAGUCUGGACGACAAUUCACAUCUCUAAGCAUCCAUGAAGAACUCAUUUGCGUCGGAGACAAUAAAGGUACCAUCUCCCUCUAUAAGCUAUUACCUCCGCAAAGGGCCAAGAGCGACAAACAUGACGACAGUAAUGAUGAGACAAAUAACGGACAAAAACCCGAGGACCAAGAACCGGGGGAACAAGGGUCGGAUAAUGAGGAAGAAGGAUCGGAACAUAUUCACGACCGAGAACCGGAGGUGCAAGAAUCGGAGGUGCAAGAAUCAAAGGAGGAAGAAGAGCCGGAGGUGCAAGAAUCGGAGCAGCAAGAAGAACCUGUCGGCAAAGAACCGGUCGGCAAAGAACCUGUCGGCGAAGAACCGAUCGGCAAAGAAUCGAAGGAAGAAGAGCCGGUCGGUAAAGAGCAUCCUCGCAAAAAGCGACGACGAAAUUCUUCUUCUUCCUCUGGGGACUCGUCAUCUCCUCGUGGGUCUGGCAAGGAAGAGACUUCUGAUGAUUUAUUUUCCGUGGAAGAAUGGGUAGAGAUCGAUAUUCCUGAGCAAUCCAGGAUUAAGUUAAUGAAAGCUUUCGAUCCUGGAGAAGGCCUUCUGGCUAACAUAAUAUUUUGCCUACAGCAAGGACAAGUUUCAAUAUUAAAGGUUAAAGAAAAUGAAUCAGUAUCAUUUUCUCAAAUUCUAGAUUGCCCAUACACACUAACCGCCCUAGAUGUAAUUAGCGUGACCACUCCAUUGACCACUCCGCCACUCCAUUGA